GACAGCGCCAUCUUUAUGCUCAGAUUGGCUCUCACUGUCUUCAGCACAGCUUACAAUUUUCUGCUCAAUAUCAUUUUUAACAGAAACUUCCGUAGGGGGUUCGAAGCACUCUUCACCUGUCGCCAUCUUGUCGUCAGGAAGAACGCUGUCCAUCCAAUGGGAGCCGCCGCUGCUACGUAUGCAGAACGUGGCUCUCGUGAAGGACAGAACACAACUUCUCUUUUCACCCUUUCACUCAAGCCGAGGAGUGCCAUUGUAAAAUAA